AUGACGCUCAUCAUGCUCUUCACCAUCUGGAACAUCCUGGUGAUCAUCGCCGUCCUGACGUGCCUCUUACGAGGACCUCAGAACCUCUUCCUGGUGUCCUUGGCUGCAGCGGACAUCCUGGUGGCCACAUUGAUCAUCCCGUUCUCCUUGGCCAAUGAGCUGAUGGGCUACUGGUACUUUGAGUCAUUUUGGUGCAAGAUCAUCUUAGCGCUGGAUGUGCUCUUCUGCACGUCCUCCAUUAUACACCUAUGUGCUAUCAGCUUGGACCGCUACCUGUCCAUCUCCCGGCCGGUGCAGUACGCGACCCAACGCACCCCUCACAAGAUCAAGGGGGCCAUAUUGGUGGUGUGGCUCAUCUCUGCGGUCAUCUCUUUCCCUCCACUUGUCUCCAUGAAUAAGACCCCGCUGGCGAAGGACGGGGGCGGCCCACAGUGCAGACUCAACAAGGACGUCUGGUACAUCCUGUACUCCUCCAUCGGGUCGUUCUUCGCUCCGUGCCUCAUCAUGAUCCUGGUGUACGUUCGCAUCUAUCAGAUUGCCAAGAAGCACGCUGGAUGUCCUCCGGGAGAGCCGAGGAAAGACUGUGCAGGUGGUGUGCCACCAGGACGAGAGCUGCAGAACGGGAAAAACCAGGACAGUGUUGACCCUGUGAAUGUCCCCAAUCUGGCUGCGUCCAGAUCUGAUGCCGUAAACCAGCCUCAACCACCGGUAGAGAUUCAGCAGAAGAUGAAACGCUCAAGGAGGUGCAAGGACAACGAGGACAGUUCAAGCUCCGGCUCUGACGUUGAGGUAGUUGGGGACAUAAUGCCAACGGACGACCUCCAGUGUGGGGCACUAGAGCCCGGCCAUCAGACGUCCUCACCAACCCAAACGUACCAAAACAUCAUCGUAACAUCAAAGGGCAGCCAGCUGGCCUCCAACAUGAAACCAGCAGGAACUCCGAACACCAGACGGAAAGCCAUGAUCAUCCGCGAGAAGCGGUUCACAUUCGUCCUAGCGGUCGUCAUUGGGGUUUUCGUCGUCUGCUGGUUCCCAUUCUUCUUCAGCUACAGCUUGCAGGCCAUUUGUCCAGAGGCUUGCAAACUACCAGAGCCGCUUUUUAAGUUCUUCUUCUGGAUUGGAUACUGCAACAGCGCCCUGAACCCGCUCAUCUACACCAUCUUUAACAGGGACUUUCGUAAAGCCUUCAAAAAAAUUCUGUGUAGAAGGUGUAAGGACUCUUCUCUUUGAAAGCAGACAACACUGGAAAAAAGGGUUUUAUAGGCCUACAGUAAAGUGUCAUUUGAUUCCUCUAAAGGUGAUGCUCACAGAAACGGUCCGGGUCAUUUCACUCCAGUAUUAUUUCAAUGAGACAUUUUCAUGACAAACAAUUUUCUUGUAUUUUCUGCAAGUUUUACUUCUGAUAAUUGUUAAUAAUAAUAAUAAUAAUAAUUUGUUUUCCUUGCUGAAGAAACUAGCCAAUUGCAGAUCCUUUUUCAUGUAAAUACACUUCAGUAUUGCCUUUGAGUUUUUAUAAAUGUCUUUUCAUGUCAAAACAAUGGCACAAAGUGCCAAAAAAAAAACCCAUUAGGUUACUGAAAAAAAAAUAUAUAUAUUUAAGUGAAAUUGAACUUAUUUGUGCUCGUGACCUUUCCAGUGUGCAUUCAAAGACAAUGCAGCUCUUUCUUAGAGACACCUCAGGCUCCGCUGCAUUGUGAGAUCACAGAGCUGGAUAUGAGAAGAUUUCAGAGAGCUUCACCUCUCUGGGAAAGUGCUAGAGCUCUUUACGCCAAGAGAGGCUUUGCUUUCUGGGAUUUUAACCAAUGAAUGACAUGGUUUUCCUGGAUAAGAGUCUGCUUGGUCUCUGUUAUCGCCUAAUUUGAUGGAAAGUUUCUGAUUGAAAGUAAUGGCCGUUGUGUCUGCAGGCUGAUGCUUUGGGUGAUCAGAACCUCUUCCAGAGUAUCCUGUGUCUAAAAAAGAGCGGCAAUUAUGUAAAUGAAUUGUGCACUUAUUAAUGCCUCUUGAUAAGACUCUUUAUUAUUUUUGUGCUGUCAUAAAAAGCUUUGUGCACUUUAAUUUAGCUUCUCAAUGAUGUUGGUGACUGUGAGUGCAGAUAAGUGAAGCUAGGCACGUAACAGCAUGUCUUUGACAAUAAAACUGCUUCUCAGAAUUUGGUUCCAUUGAGCAUCCUGCUGAAAUGAAACUCUGUUAUGUUGUGUACUCAUUGUCUCAUCCCAAAAUCAUUUUCACAGACUUUUACAUUAACUGUUCCCUCCUGGUGGAAAGACCUGCUCAACUCAAUGCGAUCUGUUCAACCUUUAUCUGAACCUCUAACUCUAGCACUCUCUAUUCUAUUUCUAUCUAUUCUAUUUUAUAUAAAAAGAAAAAAAAUUUCCUCUAACACUUGCACUCUAUCCGUUUUCUUAAAAAAAGACAUCUAACACUAGCUUUCUCUAUUCUAUAUAUACAUCUCUUUACACUAAAGGUCCCCAACCGCCGUGUCACGACCCAGUACUGCGAUCAAGAUAUGGAAGAGAUGCUAGCAGGUCGCAAGAAUGUUCUGGUAAAAAAGUGUAUAGAUAUGAUAUGUUAUUUAUUGUGCAUUAAUGAUUGUUCUAAUUACACUGUAUUUUCGUUUGUUGUAUGCGAUUUCAUGUAAAUGAAAUGUUUCAUUAGUAGACAGUGCGUGAAUACA